AUGUUAGGUCUUUGGGUUCAACCUAUUUCUUCAAUCCCUCAAGCUUGUACGGCUGUUUCCUUACUAGUUUCUUCGUUCAUUAUAAUUAAAGUAUUCUACCGACUAUUCUUGAGCCCGUUAUCCAAGUUUCCAGGGCCGAAGCUCGCGGCCGCAACAAAAUUGUACGAAGCAUACCAUGUCUUAAUAAAGAAUGACUGGUUGGAGAACUUAAAGAAUCUCCAUGAGAUAUAUGGACCUGUUGUCCGAUUAGGGCCAAACGAACUCCAUUUCGUCGACCAUGAGGCGUGCCUCAAGCAUCAUAAUAGGGCAGACUUAAGGAAGUGUGAUAAUUAUUAUGGUAUACUCAACACAUUACUUGGCGGCCUUGCGCUUCCUCAAGCCCAUGGCGAACGGAAAUCUAUGAUACAGCCACUAUUUACUGGAUCGAACCUUUCAUCCUAUUCCGGUACAGAAAUGAACACGCAACUCCAGACGUUGCACGAAAUGCUCACUUCGUCCUCCGAGACGAAGGCCACUCCAACAAAUCUGACGCAUGUUCUCUGGGCUUACACAAACGAUAUUAUGACCUCAUAUCUCCUAGGCGAGGAUCUAGGCUUCAUGAAAAGCCCUGACUUAAUUGCUAUGCAUGACUCCACGCGGGCUUUUAGUGCAAUUGAUCUCGCUACCGUCCUACGGUCUAUGCCCCCAUUAAAGAAAUUAUUGGACAUAUUCCCAUCUCUCCGUAAAAUAUCGCCACUCAGUUGGCUAGAUGCACUUGCCGGCUCACACCUAGAGCGAAUCACUAAGGGCGAUGCACUUGGUCCUCCAGAAAAGGGGCACAAGAAUGUACUAUCACAAAUCUGGCGCCAAAUCGGCAACGAGCAAAUCGUUAUUCAAGAAGCUGCGCAAGCCAUAUUCAUCGGCAACGAGUCGCUGAUGAGCAACUUGACUUUUCUGCUCCAUAACAUGAUCCAAAAUCCUGAUUGUGUUACUAAGCUAAGAGCCGAAAUCGAUCGAAGCCUAGAUGUUGGAACUUACGGUCACCAAGUCUGGCGCGAUCCUAAAGUCUUGCAGCUUCCUUAUCUGGAUGCGUUAUGUAGGGAAUCGACGCGGCUCAGUUCACCAUCGUGGCACCGUCAACCGAGACAAACAUCUGAGCCAGUGACAUACAACGAAACUGUCAUACCACCAAUGACAAGCCUAAGCUUCACAUUGCACCUCCUAGAACGCGACCCAAUUCUAUACCCCGACCCCGAGACCUUCAAACCAGACCGCUGGCUAGGCUUCGGUCCCAAUGCCCGAAAACUGCGCAACAACUCAGUAACAUUCGGAACUGGCACAAGAACAUGCCUGGGACAAUUCAUCGCCCGCCACGUGCUACGAAAAACACUCGUAGCGAUCUUAUACAACUUCAACAUCUCCCUCUGGGACGAGACCAGAGAUAAAGCCGAGGGGUACAGAUACCUAGAUACGUACCCGAAGAAGGGACACGAGGGAUAUCUCAGGGUUAAACUAACGCCGCGUUUUGGCGAGAUAUAGCUACUGUAUGGCUAGUAUUUGUAUUUUCUUCUGUGCUACUAUGUAGGUAUACAUCGGGGACCCGCGUAUAGAUAUAGGGAUACCAAUUAGAAUGAACUACAGAUCGUCGGUGGUCUGGUCGGGCGUUGGGGAUUGGCGG